CCCAUUGAAAUUCUUCCACUUUCACAUUUUUAUCAUAAAAAUAAAAUAAAUAAUGUUAUGAAUAAUAUUAAGUAUAUAUAAAUAGAAAGAUCUCAAGUUUUCUACAUGCCUUGGAUUUUCUUCUUCACCAUCACAACCUCUUCUUCGUCUCUCUCUGAAACCCUAAUCCUGGAUCUUCCUUUGCCCCCUCUUUCUCUCUCUUCCAUUAGCUUCCUCAGCAGGAUCAGGAGUCAAAGUGGUGGAAUGGAGGAAUUCGAUGUUGGGUGUGACUCAUAUUUCUUCUCGUGGAGGGUUUCUUAACAACAGGGAAUGGUACCAGCUUGGAUAGUGUUUAAAUUGGUCUAAGUUUUAUGUAGGUUAUGUUGAGGAUCUUGUAGAUUUAUUAAAAUCUUGAUAUGUGGAAUUGGGUAAGGUUUGAUCAUUUUCCCAAUGAUAUGAUUGUCAAUACAAUGGCAAUUUAAUUCAUGUAAAGAUUUGUUCAUUAUUUUCUGAGUAUUAAGUUUGAAUUUACUGGGGAGAAUGGAUAAUGUGUGCGAUGUCAAUCAGUUGGAUGCUGAUGUUCUUCUGCCCCCUCGGAAACGUCUUCUUGCUGGAUUGAAGAAACAGGGUUCAGAUAGUGAUGCUACUGCCUCUCCAUCUCCAGUUGCUGCUUCUUGUGUCACCGAUAUUGCUUCCCCUUCCUCCUCGUCCUUUUCAAGUGAAUUUGAGGCCCGCCUUAAGCAUUUGUUGAGUUGCCAUUCAAAUAACCCUAACCUUAGUCCUGAGGAGGUUGUGGAGGCUUCAAAAGUGGCAGCAAUCACUGCAACUAAGGCGGCAGAGGCUGCAAGAGCAGUGGCUGAAGAAAAAGCUGCUGUGGCAGCAAACGCGGUUGCUGCAGCCAAGAGUGCUUUAGAUUUGGUUGCAUCUUUCUCUGAGGAGGCAGUCAACAAGGAAAGAAGUCUGAAAAAGAGCAAGUCAAAGAAACAUCUCCCAGUUCAACUGUUGUACAAAAAAAACCAACCAAUUGAAAAUUGUAGGACAGAUGAAGAAUUAGCUCGUAAGUUGCAUCGAGCCAUGAACAGUUCUCCAAGAAUCUCUAAGAACUCUCCAAAUUCAGAAUCCAAAGGUAGUAAACAUAAGAAGCCUAAAAGCUCUUCUAGUUUUGAAAUAAAUGAGGUCUCUGAAUCUGGUGUGGCAUUUGGACAAGAUUGCUUAUCUUUGAACAAUGGACACGCAAUAGCGGGUAAGAUUGACUCUGAAGGUUCCAUCCAAGAGGUGUGCUCAAGUAAGAAAGAUAAGAAGGGAGUUAAAUAUGAUAAAUCUAGCCAGUUAGAGAUAGAUAAUGGGGAAGCAGAGUCGAGCCAAUCAAAAGGGAAAAACUGUGAAGAUUUGUCUCCGGUGGGUAAGAAGAGAGGAAGGGUGAAGCUAAAAAAGUUACCCUUAAGCAUUUGCACCUCGAAAGAUAGGGCACAGCCAAAGGAAGAAAUAAGAGCCAGAAGUUCUCCAUUGACUGGAAAGAACACAGGCAAUCAUCCUGUUGAUAGUAUACCUUUAUUUCCAGUGGAGUCAUCCACUGACAGAGUGAUGCCAAUUGAGGCUACAUCGAUGUGGAAAUGCCAGGAGUUCAAGGCACCGGCUUGUAUCAAACAAAAUAAAGUUGUGCAGUCAUAAAGUUCAUCCAUUAUUACAUUGGGAUGACUUUGUGCUACUGUGGUAGAUGUUGAUAGCUGAGGUAGGUAUCAUGAUGCUUCUUUUUUACUAUAUGGAUUUUAUCUUUUUGCACAUCUUUGGUUUUGUAAUGGAUUUGCACUGAUUAAAUGUAAAUUUAGAUUUAUAGUUGCUUGCAUUACUUCUUUUAAGUUGAAAGUUGUGUUACUUUAGUUGACAGGAAAGCUUAAAUUUAGAUAGGAGGGUGCAAUGAAUUGAACAGCUUCUUCAUUGUGCUGCAUAUUUCUACUACUCAUUUGUGUUGAGAAUAAAAAAGGAUGAUCUGUUGCUUUUCUACUGCAAUUUUUGGCUCUGUUUAUUUUUCUGUAUACUCAAAUGCAUAUGAAUGCUGACGGUGGUUUCCAUUUGCUGCUUUAAUAUUGAAAUAUAAAGGCAUUAGAAAUUUGGAAGUUGC